AUGCUCUAUUCUCCUAAGAAGCUGUUCUUGCUCUUCCUCUCGUGCAUCGUGAUGAAUUUCAUCUACAACAAGAGUAGCCUCGUAACCGCAGCGAACAACAUUGGUUUGAACUAUGGUCUCCUCGGAGAUAACCUCCCGCCUCCGUCUAACGUGAUCAACCUCUACAAAUCCAUAGGCAUCACCAAAAUCCGAAUCUUCGACCCAAACACCGAGGUUCUCAACGCCUUACGCGGCCACCGCGAUAUUGGAGUCACUGUAGGCGUCAAGGACCAAGACUUGGCUGCUCUUGCAGUCAGCGAAGAAGCUGUUAAAGGCUGGUUCGCCACCAACAUCGAGCCUUACCUAGCUGACGUAAACAUCACGUUUAUCACCAUCGGUAACGAAGUCAUUCCCGGACCAAUCGGUCCUCAAGUGCUUCCCGUCAUGCAAUCUCUCACAAACCUCGUCAAGUCGAGGAACCUUCCGAUCUCGAUAACCACCGUGGUGUCUAUGUCAAACCUCGGACAAUCAUACCCACCUUCCGCGGGAAUGUUCACGGCUCAGUCGCGUGAACAACUCACACCGGUGCUCAAGUUAUUGUCUCAAACAAAUACGCCGAUCCUGGUCAACAUGUAUCCUUACUUCCCUUACGCAUCCGACCCGGUUAACAUCCAUCUCGACUACGCCACUUUCAAAACCGAGACCGUCGUGGUGCAAGAUGGACCACUAGGCUAUUCAAACAUGUUAGAUGCAAUGUUCGACGCGUUCUUGUGGGCGAUGGAGAAGGAAGGCGUGAAAGAUUUGCCGGUGGUGGUGUCUGAGACCGGAUGGCCGUCCGCCGGGAACGGAAACUUAACCACGCCGGAUAUCGCCGGUGCGUAUAACGACAAUUUUAGAAAGCACGUGGUAAGUGGAAAAGGCACGCCUAAAAGGCCUAACAGUGGUGUCGACGGGUUUUUAUUCGCAACGUUCAACGAAAAUCUUAAACCGGCCGGGACUGAACAGAAUUUUGGCUUGUACAAUCCUACUGACAUGAAGCCCAUCUAUAAGAUGUUUUGA